UUUGGACAAGCGCGUUCGUCAGCUACGUUUCGAGCGUACUCGUGUGGACGGACCUUUACGCUAUUUCGGAUUGUUAGCCUAAGGAAAAGGAACUCAAACAGUGUACUUAACAGUAUUUUCUAAGGAGCUGCAGUGUAGUCUGCUGUUUACAUUUUUAGAACUUAUUAAUGCGAUAGCCUUAUUAAGAAAACCAUGGAAAAUUCAGUGAUUAAAGAAGGAUAUGACGAUGAGCUCUCAAAGAAAGCAUCAUUACAGGAAAGGCAUUACAAAUUGCUUCGAGAUUUACAAGAAAUGUGUAGUGAAUUGCCUUUAAUAUUUCAACAAAAAUUGUCAUAUGAACUUCUAACUGAUUUAGCCAAUUCCUUAUUGGAUAAAACAGUUUUUGAUAUUGUGAAGGGCCUGCGGGAUAUUCAGGUGAUGACUGAAAAAAAUUUUUUAGAAAAAAGAAUGAAACUCAUCAAUUCACAUAAAACACAAAAGGAGCAGGUUUUAAAACGCCACAAAGAAACACUUACAAAUGAACUUCUUGUUCAUCCUCAAAAUGCAACAAUUCUGAGAGCUAAACAAGAAAAAGAGAUGGAGGAUCUUGCAAAAUUUCAAGAAGAUGAAGUUAAUCGUUUGGAUAUGAAAAUUGUUAUGGAAUUGGAUCAAAUUGUCAGUAUCCAACAAGUAACUAUGCAGAAAGUUGGUGUACCAGGAUUUAUUGUUAGCAAUCAGCCUUCAGACAUUAAACUGCAAAUGCAGCUGUUAGAGCUCAUUUCCCUCUUAAGUAUGAAAUAUGAAAAUGAAUGAUAUUUUUGUAAAUAGCUUGAAUUUAUGAAUAUGAAAAUUGUUAAUUUCUGUGAUACAGUUUGAAUGUAGACUUCUGUAAAUAAAUGAACUAUUGUUGUGCAUUUUUGUAUAUAAUUUUUAAAUAAAGUUUUAAUAUAAAAA